AUGUAUAAAAAUAAAAAAUCAACGAGAAAAUGCAGCGUGCAACGAGAAAAUGGUAAAAUUGAUAAUACAGAUGAAGGUAAUUAAUGUAUUAAAAAAAGCAUAAAGGUUGAUGUAGGAAAUGAUUCACCCCAACAUUCCCGUGAUUCGCGUCUUUCUGGACAUAGUACACCAAUUCAAAAAAGGGAUUAUGUAUAUGACAUAGAAGAUUCUCCUGAAUUAGAUUAUCGUUGCAGUCCAAUUUCACUCCCCUGUACCCAGGAUGGUGGUAAUGAAAUUGCCUGGGAUUGGCAGGUGCCUGUUAACAAAAGUUCAAAAGAUAAAUCUAAACCAUCAAAUGCUAAUAUUGAAACUCCAAAAAGGACCAAACAACUGCAGAAAAAACGAAAUUCUAAUUCUCCUUUGUUACAAAAGCCACUUAAAAGGAAGCUGUUAAAAGUGGAAAAUAUAGAAAAUAUUGGGAAACUGACAGCAGAAUUGAAAGCUUUAAGUGAAAGGAUGAAAAGUUUGCAAGAAAACUGUAAAGACCAUACUGAUGCAAAUGAAAGUGACACAAAAUGUGAACCCAAAAAUAAAUUGUUGAUAGACAUAGAUAGCGAUAGUAGUGAUGAUAUUAUGGUAGAAGUUGUUGCCAAUAAUAAUGAUACAUCCAAGAUUGUUAUUAACAGUAAUAAUAAAAAAGAUUCAAAAUAUGAAGAUUUAUUUGAUGAUUCAAUUGAGGAUUCAAUGGUAAAAUGCAGUCAAGAGAUAGAAAAAAAAUUAAAUUUGUGUAAAAGUAAAGUAAAUGACAUCAUGGACCUGUCUAUAGUGAGUGCGAAAAGAGAAUUGUCUUCUAUAUUUGAGAAGGAGACUAAUUACCUGACAACAUCUAAUACCACUACUGAAACUUCUAAAAGUUUAAUUGGCACAAAUAGUCAUUUGAGAACAUAUUCAAAUAAUUCAAGUAAAACAAAUUCUGCCUCAAAUGUUUCAUUGUCAAAGGUUUUCCAAAAGAAUAUUACAAAUGAAUCAGAUGGAAAGGAAACAUUGCAGGAGAGAAUUAUAUCACAAAUUCCAGAUGAUUCUUUCGACGACUGUUUAGCAACUUGUAUAGAAGAUGAUAAAUUGUUGUCCAAAGUAUCAGAAUAUGAGUUUAACCGCUUGAAUAGCCCUUCAAGUUACAGUCGUAAUGCGAAUCAUUUUCGAAAAACCUCUAAACAAACUGUUCCUAAUGUAACUGAUAAGAACACAUCAAAUAGUUAUCUUGUAAAACCAGUACCUCAUAAUAGUGCAUUUAGCAAUUAUCAAAAUUCUAAGCUUAUUACAGAUGAGUUGGUAGAUGAAAUUGAAAUUAUAAAUGAUCAAGAAACAAUACGAAACUCUAUUCCUGGAAAGAAUUCCUUAGAAAAGAGAAAAUUCUUUAAAACAAAAAGUUUAUCAGAUCAAUAUUUUUAUCAAAAUAAAAAUGCUAGUAAACGAUUUCAAUCAAAUUCCGUUAAUUCAUCAGUAAGUACUACAUUUUCCAAUGUAAGGGGUCAGAAUCCAAAUAAAAAUAAUAAUUUUUCAUCGAUUAAUGGCAUGGAAAAUGCGCGUACGCUCGACAGAUUAGAAGAAAACGAAGCUGGAAAUUGUAUUGUUAAAUACAAAUCUACUAGUAAUUUGUCUAGUACAAAGGAAAUUUCAAAAGAAUCUCAGUCUGUACAGUGUACACCUGCAGAAAUAGAGAGGAAGCGAUUAGAGGCGAAGAUGAAGCUAGAAGCAAAACGAAAAUUGAAGCUAGAAGCAAAACGAAAAUUGAAGAAAACAAACAGUAAUACAGCUAAUACUUCAUCAAAUGUCCCAAUAACGAAGUCUUACUACGUGGUUUUGUAUACAACUGCUAAUGUGCCUAUUCUUCCUACCUCUGUGAUUUCAACAGUGUUAGAAACGCUGUGA